CGUUGCUUGUGUCUCAUAUAAGUGCCAACUAGUCAUUUGUUUUUUUCUUGAUGCCAUUUCCAUAACUUAUAUUUUAAAUAAAAGCUUAACUUUUUCUGCUUCCUCCCAUCUUUGCUUUCACUGUCAAUCCUCCAUUGAAGAAGUUUGCUCCAAGCAAAUGGAGUUCCCUUGUGGGAAAAAUUCCAAAUAUGCAUCUCAGAGAACCCCAAAAAUAUUCAUACUUCUAGCUUUAACAUUUAUUAUUCUAGGUAUUAUCCCUCUUCACCACACUUCUAAGUGGUAUCAUGCUACAAAGCAGUCUGAAAAAUCAUCCACAUAUCAUAUGGAAGAUAUGGAGAUAAAGAUUAUGGAUGAUGAAACAUGUGAUAUUGCCAUAGGAGAGUGGAUUCCGAAUCCAGAUGGUCCAUAUUAUACGAACACUACUUGUUGGGCGAUCCAUGAACACCAAAAUUGCAUGAAAUAUGGAAGGCCUGAUACCGACUUCUUGAAAUGGAGGUGGAAGCCUAAGGGAUGUGAAUUGCCUAUCUUCAACCCAUAUCAAUUCUUGGAUAUGCUGAGAAACAAGUCAUUGGCAUUUGUUGGAGACUCAGUUGGAAGAAACCAAAUGCAAUCCUUAAUAUGUCUUUUAUCCCGGGCAGUGUAUCCAAUUGAUGUCUCUAUUAGUCCAGAUGAAAAUUUUAAAAGGUGGAAAUAUGUUGACUACAACUUUACCCUAGCAACAUAUUGGUCACCAUUCUUGGUAAGAAUGAAAGAUACAGAUGCUGAUGGUCCAACAAAAACUGGACUCUUCAACCUUUAUCUUGAUGAAGCUGAUGAGAAAUGGGCAACCCAAAUUGAAGAAUUCGACUAUGUCAUCAUCAAUGGUGGCCACUGGUUUACUAGGUGCAGUGUUUACUAUGAGAAUAACCAACUAGUUGGCUGCAGGUACUGUCAACUUCCAAAUGUUACUGACCUCCCAUCUACUUAUGGCUACCAGAAAGCAAUUAGGACUGUUUUGAGAACCAUCAACAACUUGGAAAACUUUAAGGGCAUAACUUUUAUUAGAACAUUUGCACCUUCUCAUUUUGAAGGGGGAGAAUGGAAUAAUGGUGGGAAUUGUGUGAGGAAAAGGCCAUUUACAAGCUAUGAAACAUCUUUGGAGGGCCUUCACUUGGAGUUGUAUACUAUCCAAGUUGAAGAAUUUAGGGCAGCAGAAAAGGAAGGGAAGAAAAAGGGGAAAAGGUUUAGAUUAUUGGACACAACACAAGCCAUGUUAUUGAGACCAGAUGGUCAUCCAAGUAGAUAUGGGCAUUGGCCAAAUGAAAAUGUAGUGUUGUAUAAUGAUUGUGUGCAUUGGUGUUUGCCUGGUCCUAUUGAUUCUUGGAGUGAUUUCUUGCUUCAUAUGUUGAAGUUGGAGGGAAGGAGAUCCCAUGAAGAAAUGCUACAAUUUAUGAAUCAGUAGAGCUAAGAGUUAAAGUUCACCCAAAAAAAAAAAUCCAAAUAACGUUUUUUUAUUAUAGCCAUGUCGAAGAUUUUUAAGUCAAUAGAAAAUAUAGAAAACUUGUAAUUCUGAUUUUUACUUUUAUUGAACUGAGAUGAGGUUAAACUUAAUGUUGUUAUAGAGAGAAUUCAUAUAGUUGAUCCCAUCUUACUUGAGAUUGAAGCA